AAUUAUGGGACGGCUCUAAACUGGACACGUCACGAACUCUCCACUCAAGACCCGCCAUUUUCUGGUUUCCCGCUUUACUUUUUCCCUUUAAAAUCUCACUUUUCACCGAAUAAACUUAAUUUACACCAUUUCUGUCUCCCACUAAUCUACUCCUCAGCUUCGAUCAACUUUCUUUAUCUGUUCUAUCACUGUGUACACUCAUGGUCAAGGUGAAGAUCGGAAUCAACGGGUUCGGUAGGAUCGGUAGAUUGGUGGCUAGAGUUGCUUUGCAGAGGGACGAUGUUGAACUCGUCGCUGUUAACGAUCCUUUUAUCACUACUGAUUACAUGACGUAUAUGUCUAAGUACGACAGUGUUCAUGGGGCAUGGAAGCAGCACGACCUCAAAGUCAAGGAUUCAAACACCCUUCUCUUUGGCGAGAAGCCAGUUACUGUUUUUGGUAUUAAGAACCCAGAGGAGAUUCCAUGGGGUGAGGCUGGAGCUGAAUACAUUGUUGAAUCAACUGGAGUGUUCACUGAAAAAGAUAAGGCUGCUGCCCACUUGAAGGGUGGUGCUAAGAAAGUAAUCAUCUCAGCCCCUAGCAAGGAUGCUCCCAUGUUUGUUGUGGGUGUCAAUGAGAAGGAAUACAAGCCAAAAUAUGACAUCAUUUCCAACGCUAGCUGCACUACUAACUGCCUUGCACCCCUCGCUAAGGUCAUUCAUGACAAAUUCGGCAUUGUUGAGGGUCUUAUGACAACUGUUCAUUCAAUUACUGCUACACAAAAAACUGUGGAUGGUCCAUCAAUGAAGGACUGGAGAGGAGGAAGAGCUGCUUCAUUUAACAUCAUUCCUAGCAGCACUGGAGCUGCUAAGGCUGUUGGAAAGGUGCUGCCUGCCUUGAACGGAAAAUUAACUGGGAUGGCUUUCCGUGUUCCCACUGUUGAUGUUUCAGUGGUUGACCUCACAGUAAGACUGGAGAAGCCAGCCUCUUAUGAUGAAAUCAAAGCUGCUAUCAAGGAAGCAUCUGAAGGAGAACUGAAAGGAAUCCUGGGUUACACUGAAGAAGAUUUGGUUUCCACCGACUUCGUUGGUGACAGCAGGUCUAGCAUCUUUGAUGCAAAAGCUGGAAUUGCUCUGAAUGAAAAGUUUGCCAAGCUUAUCUCGUGGUAUGACAAUGAGUGGGGCUACAGUUGCCGUGUUGUUGACCUGAUUAUCCACAUGGACCGCGUCUCAAAAGCUUAGAGAGUUGCUUGGGUAUUGUCUCGGCUACUAUAUUCUUCCCAUGUUCCGUAUCUAUAGUGGAGGCAAUGAGUUGAAAAUAAACCUUGUUUUCAGACAAUGUCAAUAGCUUUUACCGCUAUCUAGUUUGAGUGAAGCUAUAUCCUGGUUUCACGUUUGUUCUUCGAAAUUGCCUUAUACUUGCUGCUAGUAUAUUUUGCUAAGCUAGUUUGAAUACGAUCUCUCUGUCUCCUGCAUACACGCACAUAACUUAAAGAACUCUUGUAAGUAGUGAAUUUUCAGAGUUAAGUUUGAUUUUAUUGUAAUUUAAUGGCUCGAAGCCCGAAGGAUCUCCCCAAAAAAGUUGCAUUUGUCAUGAGUCUUGUGGCUUUGGUUCAUAUUUCAAAACACUUCUACUUGUCUCUAACUUUCUACAGAACUGUCCUUCUUCAUACACGAAAAAGGUAAUC